CGCGAGAACAGCGAGCGAGGCAACAACGCGUACAGCGCAUACGAACGGUGAAACGCUUGGCGAAAAUUCGAAAUUUAUCAUAUUAAAAUUGUAUAUUUGAUAUUUUGCUUUCAAACCGUUUACGUGCGUUCAGUUUGCCGGCGAGUGUUUAUGGUGAUGUGAUGGCACUUGACCAAAAAAAAAUAUUUAAAAAUAAAAAAAUUAUUAAAAAAAUAAAAUAUUAAUAUUUUAUAUUCUUAAUUUGAAAGCAUCAAGGAAAAGGCAAAAAGCCAGCUGUCGUGGCUUGUCAGACAAACGCAAUAAUGAAAGUGAAAAAACGUAAUUUUUUUCAUACAUCGUCUAAGAAAAUUCUUGCACGCGAUGUGAAAAAUAUAUGCAAGUAGAGGCGGUAAGAGCGCGUUGCAGGAAAACAUGCUAUGUGCCGGUUCACAGUGCAAAUUCAUACACACAUGCAUACAUACUCGUACGCUGUUCGUUGUGCAAAACGCGUAUGCAGGAAAAAAAGAACUUUAGAUAAAGCGCAAAAACUGAUAUACUAAAAGUGUUUCGAAUAAAAUUUAAAUCCCUGCGUUAGGGAGAGAAAUGAGUCUAGAAUGCGCGUUGAACUUCACCUUAACGUCCAAUAAAUAUAUCCGUAUUGUUGCCAAUAUAUUUACAAGUGCACAUUUUCUCACAUGUUCAUACAUACAUACAUACAUACAUGCUGAAAAUACUAUAUGCAUAGAUAUUGCAACAGCCUACUCGUCUUACACAUUUGCAUGUGAACUUGUUAUGAGUGAAUUGAUUUGUGCAUAAAAAAUAAAAGAAAUGUGCUACUUCAUACAUAUGCAUGUAUGUACAUAUCUACGCAGAAAAACAUCCAUAAAUACGACCAGCAGUUCUCGCAAUGCCAGUGUGGCACAUACUACAAGUAGCAUCUAGUGACAAUCAAGCAAUCAGGUGGCAGCCGGCUAGAACGCGUGGUCAAAUUGGCAACGUUCAGAAUAUAUUUUUCAACAAAAAAUAAAAUAAAAAUAAAUAAAACAACAAACAACAGCAACUAGUAGUCAUUACAAACAGAUAAAAAUCGUUUGGGCGCUUUCAACUGAAGAUGCCGCACCGUGCACAAGUGGUCCGUGAGACAAUUUUAAAUAAGUGGGCGUCAGAUGUACAUAUGCCUUGACUCGUAGUCGUUCUUCGAAAUUGGCAACUCACUGGACUAGAGAGACUGCAAAACUUAAAACAAAUAAAUUAAAAACUUAAAACACAUAAAAUCUCAAACAGAUGUGAGAAGCACAAGACUUCUGCAAGAAAAGCGCCGCUAAUUUAGAGGUUUGUUUGACUACAGUGAAAUGAAACGCAGACGUUCGUAAAUAAAGCAGCAGCUGUUAGGUGUGAAAAAGUGAAAAUUCCAACACCAUAAAAAUUUAAAUAAGCAAAGAUCUGUACAUAUAUACAUAGGUAUCUGUGCAUAAAAGUGAAUGAGGCGAGAAUUUCAAGUGAAAACGUGUGAAGAGCAUUCAUUCAUUAACCAAUAAACCAAUAAAACGAGUCUUUUCCGCAUUCGGUUGCUUCCAGUACCCCAACAAUCCUGCCAUUUCACGUGAAAAACACUAAACAUGCAUCACCAGACAUCAACUCUGAGCCUCGCUGUAGCGCUCACCUACCUUUGUUGCAGCUUACAGAUUGCCCAGCCAUUAGCCACCACCGGCUAUAAUGAUGAUUAUGAUGCGCCGCAACAGCAACAUGCGGCAGCCCAUACAUUUGCCCACACCGCUGACGUUGGCGUUCCCGAAAAUCUGUUGCAGCAACAUCACGUGCGUCAUAGAACUUCGCAUCACAUGCGUAAAUCAGCACAUCACGGCAGGCAUAAUCAGCAGCCGCACGUUGAGCUGGCGGGCGGACCGGGUGUAAGCGAAAGUGCUGCAGAAAUUUUGGCAUCAUCACGGGCGGCAGCGUUGGUGGGUAGUGACGAGGCAACUGAAAGUUUGAACUUUAUUCACGCCUCAAACUUACACAAACAACAACAACACAAAUCAACAAAAUUCGGCGCCCAAUACGGAUCGGUGGAACGCCUACAUCUGCAACAUCAAAAGCUGUCUGGCGUCGAACUCGAGUUGGAGCCUAAUUCGAUACGCACGCAUUUGCAUCACAAGCAUCACGCACAAAAGUCAAGGACUACAACAACAACAGCAACAACUACAACGUCUACGAUGUCAACAACCAACAAUAAUGCCUUGCCAAUAGUAUCUGAGGCGAGGACAACUGCGCAGACAAUGGAACUGGUUAAGCCGACUUCGCAUCCAACAAAAAGCGCCGAACGCAAUACAAUCAAGCUUGAUGAGGUGAACAAAGGCACGCAAAAUUAUUACCAACAACCGAUAAUACAUCUACAACAACAACAGCAGCAGCAGGCACGAGAGCAAGUACGUUAUAAACACCAUAAGCUGCAGCCAGCAGCAGAUUUAAGUCGUUCAAAACACACUAUGACAUCUGUUCAUUGGGAUCAACCGCCAUUGCCGACUCAUAAGACGCAUAAUAAACUGGUACACGCCGGCAGUCAAAUUAACGUAGACACUGAUGAUGACGGAGAUAACGUGACGGCCAAAGCGCAUGAGCAACCACCAGCCGUGGCCGCAGUAGGCGGUGGUGGUGUUGGUAAGGAGAAUAAGACGACUAAGAUGAGCUCAGAAUCGGUUAAAGGCCUCACGACAGAGGUAGACCCUCACCGCAGCAGCAGCAGCAGCAGCGACAAAGCGAGCGAUUAUGCGACUGGUGUUGACGCUGAUGCUGCCGCUGAUGAUAAUGCGGCUGCUGAUGAUGAUGAUGAUGACGAUGGUAUUGAGUAUUAUGAUUAUGUUGUCGAUGAUGAGUUCACAGCCGCUGAGCAACAUACACUUGCUGCCCCUGAUAUUGGCGGCUUUAGCUAUGGUGGCUAUGACAGUGGCAUUGAGCCGGAUUGGUACGCCAGCAAGAAGGAGCAUCAUCAACAACAAAAACAACAACAACAAAUACGGCAUUAUCAAGAGCAACGUCAGCGGCGUCAAUACCAACACCAACCCCAACACAUUCAACAUCAACAACAACAGCGAAUGAACUCCGAAUAUCAAACGGAACACUCGCGAGUGACACGUGAUCAUCAUCGCGUACAAGCGGUGGAGCUACAGAACAAUCAUUUGCCGUAUGACACGAGCUCGGAUGAUGAUGAAUAUCCCGAUGAUGAACCUGGCAGAGAUUCCGACGAACCCCAAACUGGUGAGAUCGGUGAUAUAACAAAGCAUAAACUCAGCACACUCGGAACGCCGGAAGAUGUGAAGCAAGCUCACCGUUCAUACCUCCAAAUGCAAAUUAUGCCAUCCAGAGCAAGAGAUCACAUUAGGAGAAUGAAGUCGGCAACGGCAUGCCAUUGGCCCAUGCCGCGUGUGGUACCUGUCUCAAAUUACACCUCCGUUACAUAUAAUCCACAAUAUACUAUAUUAUAUCGCUGUGGCGAGGAUACGGGCUGCUGUCGAUCGAAGGGACAGGUGUGCACGGUGAAGGAAUAUGAGAAUGUGACACUAUAUUUUUUGGUGGAAACUGUCAACUCCAGCAAUUCUUACUACGACACCUUAAAGCUACGCAACGAUACACGAUGUGAGUGCGUAAAUCGCUCACAAUUGACAUCCACAACGGACUCCUUCACGCGCGAUAAACGUUCGAAUCUCGCCGUUUGUCGUUGUCCACGGGAAUUCGAUGUCUUCCAAGAUAUAAGAUGGCAAUCACUACGUCAGCGGCAAACGUACAAUUGUCGUUGUGAUUGCAAAGAUGCAAAUACAUCGUGUCAGCGUUUAAAGAAUGGCGAUGAAGGUUUCGCUAUGGAUGAUCGCAGGUGCAUUGCAGAGAGUUUGUGUAGUGUGCCCAAUUGCUCCUUUGGCAUUUAUAAUGAACAAACCGGCCGGUGUCCGCGUUCAAAUAGGAAAGUCAAACGUCACAACAGUGGCUUCGGGUAAACCGUUAAUAUGUAAUUAGUAGGAAGUACAGUCAAAUUUCGAUGCCCAUUAAGAUUUUUAUACAAUUAUUUGUAUGUAAAUUAAUUUAAUUAGAUUUAUAUGUUUAUUUUAUAAGAAGUUUUGUAAAUAUACAUUUGUUUAUGUGUAAGUUUGGCUUAAGUUAUAGCAUUUGAAAACAUUUUUAAUUUCAUUAUACCUACUUAUUUAAACAUAAAAAUUACUUAUAGGAUAAAAUUAGUAAUGAAUGUAUAAAUGUAUGUACGAGUAGGGCUUGUAAAUGCUUUCACCGACUGAAAUGUAAAGCAACAAUUUAAAUUUCAUUUUAAUACACUAAAAAUGUACGCAAUUUAAAUGCUUUGGAUUAAGAAAAAAAAAAUUAUUAAUUUUUAUUUAUAUGCACAUAUGAGUGCACGUACAUAUGUACGAGUAUGUACAUACAUAUGUAUAAAUAUGUACAUUAACAUUUCAAGAAAGUUUUAUUAUACACUUAAUAGUUUUAAAAGUCGAAAUCUCAAGCUGUGUCCACGCAGUCGCAGUUCAAGUUGAUUUAAAACUCAGCUGAGCUAUUGCAGAAAUAAAGCUACCCACUUUUUUUAUUUACAUAAAGUAAUAAAAUAUUAUUACAAGCAACUAAAACAAGAUUUACAGUUCUUCCUGCUCGCAUGUUCGGAUGUUGGCUCUUUUGGAAAAGGCUAUAGCUGAAGUGAAAUGAGUGGGACGUUGGGAAGAGUGGGUGUGUAACCAAUCCCACAUUUAAGGCCUCUUCAGUGGUUACGAGUACAUACUUCAAUCGUACAUAUUUACACAGAAUCUCUCUUCUUUGCGCAUAGAUCCAAUCUCGUAUAUUCAAUUCUUACGUCCGUCCAAAAAUCCCAGAAAAAGUCGCUCAAGCGAAUGUAAUCGAUUUUUGGAUUUGAAAAGAAGAAACCGUUUGAAAUUAUGCCACGUCAUUUCACUUUCAAAAAUCCCUUUACAUCUAAAUAAGUUGUUUUCGGAACCUUUUCCUGUCGAUGUAGUUGGUUGGUUGGUUGUUUGGUAGUAGAAAAGGCUGAUGACCUGACUGCAUGAGGCCCAACCUUAGCUAUUAACUAGGCUCAUAGGGCUCUCCCGCGUAUCCCAACUAUUCAUUUGCAAGCAAGUUAUUUUCAAAUCACAAAAAACAAAACAGUUCACUUAUGGUUUUGACAGAUUUGAAGACAUUUGUGAGAGAGUGACUUAUCUUUACUCUCUAAUUGUCCGUUUAGCCCGGAUAACAUGUGAAACGCAUUUAUUCUUAAACUCUCUACAGAGAUAUUCCUCCUUUUAACUCUGGAUCAUGGGUCGGUAAAAAUAAAGAUAAGAGUUUGUUGGUGAUGACAGUUGUAAUAUCUAUUGAAUUCAUUAUGAAAUUUAUUAAAUUAUGUCAAACCCAUCCG